AAUCACAAAUCUCUUUGUUUUUCAUCUCUCUAACUCUCUUUCAAAAAAUGGCGUCUACAAAUGUUGAAUUCACUUGCUAUGUUGGCAAUUUGGAGUCAGACACAGAAGAAAAUGAUCUCAAGAAUGCAUUUUCUCAGUUUGGCGACGUUAUAGCUUCUAAUGUUCGAUUUUCUUUUCACUUUUCCCGCAUUGACGAGUACGAAUGUUCAGUCUACAUGACAACGAGGAAGGUAUAUGGAUUUGUUAGUUUUAAAGAUGAGAAAUCAAUGAAGGAUGCCGUUAAGGGAAUGAACGGUAAGAAGCUCGGGUUAAAGACCAUUAAUGUUCAAGAGUCUCACUCAUCUCGCAGGAGUCGUCGUCGUCAUGAUGGUGGACGUGUUGGUUCGAAAAGGACUUAGAAGAUCAAAAUGGUUACAUAAGAAAUAAGGUUUUGUAACCAGUAUCUUUAGUAUUGAUCAACAUUUCUAGAAGGUGGUGCUUUGAAUAAAGUAGUUAUAAUUUG